CAACUAUUUCCACUCCUUUCGGAGCGGUAGCAAGGCUUGGGUCCUCCUCAGGUUUUUCGGCUGCGUCUACUGCAUUACCGGGCGCCGGGUCUUCACCUAAUACCCCGGUUUUGCGGCGCGAAACCUCGAUCACAUCCACCGGGUCGUGGCAAUAUGAGGAUGAGAGACAUCUUCGGAGAGAAAAUUUUUCCCUCGCAAGUGGAAGUGGAGGCGCAGCUGCAACUGCUGCUGCUACUGCCAGUCACCAUGAGCAGCAACAAGAACAACCGCAGGAACAACCCCACGAUUCUCUGAUCGAGGUGCUUCUCUGCAACUGGACUGGGUUAGUGGAAACGCCGUGCAGAAAAUACGACGAGCCAAAUAACCCGGAUCCGACUGUGCAAGAUUUGAAAAAUUGGCUGUUAAAGAACAGUGCGCCGGAAGAGUUCUUUCAACACCGUGUUCAACCUGCGUCGGCCGGCGUGGAAGGUAAAAAUUGGCAACCGUCUUCUACCUCCGGAGCGUUGUGGUCAAAAAGACCUUUCUUCGACCCUGCAACCUGGCUUCCGUAUUUCAACGGAACCGAGCCCGACAUUCGGAUCAGUAGUUCAAGCCGCCCGGAGCUCUACUGCUUGUCGGACGACGUGAAGGUGCAGGAUCUUUACAAGGAGAAGCUGAAGCUGCGAUUGGAGACGCAAGCAAGACGUCCAGACCAUUAUGGCUAUCAACACGGAGGGACGACGAGCGCAACCAUGAAAAACAUCAAUGCGACCUUGUUACAACAACCGGGAGCUCCUGAGCAAACAGUUGGUGGAACAAGGCAAAAAGGCAAUUAUGCGUCGGCAGCUCAUCUUCUUCAACAGCGGCAAAAAUUACAGAACGCAACGUCUCAAGACCUGAUGCUUGAGUACGACCUAGUGGAAAAAAAAGACGACGAUAUGCUACACUCACACCUAUCCGGGUUUUUGAGAUUUCUGCACGCCGAGGACGCGGUGGAGCGUGCAAAUUUUAUCCAGCGAGUGAAACAAGAGGCUGGGAAGAUCUCCGGUGGAGGUGCUAGUACCGGUGAACCAUUCGGUGGUGAUCAGGAUCACGCCGGACAAGGACAAGGAGUCGGCGUCGUGCCAGCAGCCUUAGCGGAUAACCUGGUUUUCGGCGAGUCUCUGAAAGAAGACACUGGAGUGCAGCUCUGGGAUUUUUACCAACGGGAUUUGCGUGUAGAUGAAGAAGCCGAGGAUCUUGUUCUGGAGCGCCAGCGCACUAGAGACGCGGCCCAUGAUGUCGAGAAAGAGGAUGGAAGAACGAGAAGGCGGCGCGUCUAUACUGAUUUCCGCGAUAAGAAGGAUACGUCAAAGCGGCGGACAUCUGGUUCAACGCUGAGGACCCACACCAGCACAAAACUGCCAACCAAUAGGCGUCAAAAAGGCCGCGUUGCAAUGAAAGACCGGAAUCGGUCAUCUCUUUUGAAAACGAGAACGCUACGUCUGCCGAGCGGCACUAAAGAUGGCCUGGACGGGACUAUAGCAAAGCUGGCUCGUAGUCGUAAUUCCACGUCUUCGCACAAGAAGGGCGCUGUUGUUGUUCCAGACAAAAUAAAUGCAACCGACGUCGUACUAGCACCACCGGAACAACAACAAGCCGAAAAAUCCAUCCUGAAGAUCCAGCGCGACCAAAUUUUCACCCCCCAGCAAGACCCUACUUUGUACUUAACUUCGCCUUUCACGACGAUGAGCGUGGGCCACGGGCUGGAGCCGGAGGUGGGGAACGCCGUGUUUCUCGCUGCGGCAAAGGAACUGCUUUUGUGGCAGAUAUUCGGGACAAAAGACGGUGGCCUGCUUUUAGGCGGCGGGGGCAGAGGGACAGCUAAAAUGGGUCCUCGUGGAGCUGCUCCGAACCGUGACGCUGAAGAUGAUGUCACGCUUAGCACAGAGACCGUCUUCAACACUCCUGGCCGCAAGCUGUUUUCCGCGGCUCGAAAUAUGUUUGAGAAUCAGGAUGGAGGAGGCUCGAGAACUACAUCUCGUGGCGGUGGAAAUCCCAGUACAGAUGACACUGCGGUGGAACAAGAAGGUGCUGUAGCUGACCAGCUUUCAUCUGUGGUACACGCGGAGGACAGCGCACUCAAGCAAGUCCGCGCCACGCUGGAGUAUCCGAGCAACGAUGCUGAUGUGGGCCAAGUGCAGCCACAUAAGGAACUUUCGAAUGACGUGGUAAAGCUCGGCGACGACGUGUCGAUUCGAGUGGAAUAUGAAUUCGAUAAUACGAAUAGCUUCUAUCACGACCGGAUCUUCCAGACUUUCACUUUCCGGGACCACAGCAGAAGCCUGUCCUACGAACUAGAAGUCGUAGCAGUACAACAAUCAGGAGAACCUUCAGACGUCGAGAGACUGCGUCCAGGGGAAGUAGUCGACGCGGGUGCAGCUACACACGCGACAGGUACUACAGCGGGAGCCGCGUCAUCAUCGUCUUUACUUCCCUUGCCAAUUUUUGUGCCCUGCUCGCACUGGAGAACGGAGGCUGUCACUGUGAGCAUCUAGGUCAAGUUGUGCCUCCCCUAGACACGAUAAAAAUGAUUGUUGUAGCAGCUACAAAUAGCUGCAGUGCCGCUUUGGAACUUGUCGCCUUUGACAGACGUAGUGUGUAGCAGUAGCCGCGGCCAACAUUCAACAUUGACAUAAGGCCUUCUCUAUUAGCCGUAAAAAGUUAGUAAAUCUAAACGCAUUGUGAUUGUAAUGAGUGAUCGCGAUGAGUGCAUUUGCCUAUGCAGACACUUUCCAUGUCCAUAUGUUAGUCCUACUGAGACGAAACAGAUCGAUGGAUCGAUCCUGUUUUAGCACUACGCCCUGUUUGAACGAUUUGAAUGAUUUCUUGUACAAUAUAUUCGAUUUUUAAAAGCUUUAGCAACCUACCUGAUCUUGCUGUAUGAUGUCAAUACGCGCCGCCGCCGCGACAACUCUUGACCUCACUUAGAGGAGCGCAUCUUGAAGACAAGCUUCUUUAUUUCUGCAAGUUUUGUAUGAUAUCCCGAAAGUGGUCAUCUACUUCGGAAACUUAGACUCUCACUUACCUGAAGCAGCCGCAGAUUUAAUUCCCAGGGACAUUUCAU